CAUUGCUUCCCGCGCCUGGGUGGAACCGGGAGGGCUGAGUUCCGGUGGCGUGGGCAUCUGUCUGCGGCCGGUUCCUCCGUCCUCCUCCCGGCGUGGAAAUGGUUGUCUUGGUUACGGAUCCUAACGGUUCCUUGCCUGAAAUUCCUUGUUGAGGGUCUGUAACACGAGCUGUUGUCUGCAGACUUCUUCGGCUCCCUAAGUGGCGGCUGUGGUGGCUGCUUCAGCUUUCGAUGUGGAGUAUUUGAAGCUUUCCCUUCCUUUUUCACAUGGGACGAGAAAUCCUCUGUUCCGGCCAAAUUCGGGUUUUAUUCUUCACGCCGCGCGAGUGGGCAGUACUAGUCCCGACCCUUUGUAUUCCAGGUGAUGUUGCCUGUCUUUGAUCUCACCUUUGCUUACCUCUUCUCUUUGUAAUCGAGAGGAGCGGAUCCAACCAAAGUUCUUACGUUGCCCUCCAUACAUGCACCUUUUUUUGUAAUCAUUCAGUUAAGAAGAACUGGUAUCUACAAUACCAAAAUCAAAAUAGAAUUGGAGAAGAAGAGUGAGUCAUAAUUAAAAAUGUCUCGAAAAGUUGCCAAGUCAUCAAAAAAAUUGAACAUCUCUAGCUCUUUGGAAUCUGAAGAUAUUAGUUUAGAAACAACAGUUCCUACAGAUGAUAUUUCCUCAUCAGAAGAGCGAGACGGUAAAAUCAAAAUCACCAGGCAGCUAAUUGAACGGAAGGAACUGCUUCACAAUAUUCAGUUAUUGAAAAUAGAGCUGUCACAGAAAAAUAUGAUGAUCGACAAUUUGAAAGUGGAUUAUCUUACAAAGAUUGAAGAAUUGGAGGAGAAGCUUAAUGAUGCGCUUCAUCAGAAGCAGCUACUAACAUUGAGAUUAGACAGCCAAUUGAAUUUUCAACAAAAGGAUGCCAGAAAAUAUCAAGAACUAAUGAAACAAGAAAUGGAAACUAUUUUAUUGAGACAGAAACAACUAGAAGAGACAAAUCUUCAGCUAAGAGAGAAAGCUGGAGAUAUUCGUCGAAACCUACGUGACUUCGAGUUGACAGAAGAGCAAUAUAUGAAACUAAAAAGUUUUCCUGAAGAUCAACUUUCUAUUCCUGAAUAUGUAUCUAUCCGGUUCUAUGACCUAGUGAAUCCAUUGAGAAAGGAAAUCUCUGAACUGCGACUGAAGAAGAAUGAGCUGUUAGAAGAAUUAAGUGAAAACAAAGGUCAACUGAAACAACUGACUGAGACUUAUGAGGAGGAUCGCAGAAACUACUCUGAGCUUCAAAUUAGAUGUCAACGUUUGGCCUUAGAAUUAGCAGACACAAAACAGUUAAUUCAGCAAGGUGACUACCGUAAAGAAAACUAUGAUAAAGUCAAGAGUGAGCGUGAUGCACUUGAACAGGAAGCAGUUGAAUUAAGGAGAAAACAUGAAAUACUGGAAGCCUCUCACAUAUCUCAAGCUAAAGAAAGAAGUGAAUUAUCAAAAGAGGUAACCACCCUACAGCAGACUGUCACUCUGCUGCAAAAGGACAAAGAAUAUCUCAACCGCCAAAACAUGGAGCUCAGUGUUCGUUGCGCGCACGAGGAGGAUCGUCUUGAAAGACUUCAGGCUCAACUUGAAGAAACCAAAAAGGCUAGAGAAGAGAUGUAUGAAAAAUAUGUAACAUCCAGAGACCAUUAUAAAACAGAAUAUGAAAAUAAACUACGUGAUGAACUGGAGCAAAUCAGACUGAAAACUAAUCAAGAAAUUGAUCAACUUCGAAGUGCCUCUAGGGAAAUGUAUGAACGAGAAAACAGGAGCCUCCGAGAAGCAAGGGAUAAUGCUUUGGCUGAAAAGGACCGAGCAGUGAUGGCUGAAAAGGAUGCUCUAGAAAAACAUGAUCAGCUCUUAGACAGGUACAGAGAACUACAACUUAGUACAGAAAGCAAAGUAACGGAAUUUCUCCAUCAAAGUAAAUUAAAAUCUUUUGAAAGUGAGCGUGCUCAGCUUAUACAAGAGGAAACUGCAAGGAAUCUCACACAGUGUCAGUUGGAAUGUGAAAAAUAUCAGAAAAAAUUGGAGGUUUUAACUAAAGAAUUUUAUGGUCUCCAGUCCUCUUCUGAAAAACGCAUUACUGAACUUCAAGCACAGAACUCUGAACAUCAGGCAAGGCUAGACAUUUAUGAGAAACUGGAAAAAGAGCUUGAUGAAAUAAUAAUGCAAACUGCAGAAAUUGAAAAUGAAGAUGAGGCCGAAAGGAUUCUUUUUUCCUAUGGCUAUGGUGCUAAUGUUCCCACAACAGCUAAAAGACGACUAAAGCAAAGUGUCCACUUGGCAAGAAGAGUGCUUCAGUUAGAAAAACAAAACUCAUUGGUUUUAAGAGACCUGGAACAUCAAAAGAACCAAGUGACACAGCUUUCACAAGAGCUUGACAGGGCCAAUUCUCUGUUAAACCAGACUCAGCAACCUUACAGGUACCUCAUUGAAUCAGUGCGUCAGAGAGACUCUAAGAUCGAUUCCCUGAAGGAGUGUAUUACGCAACUUGAGAAAGAUGUCAGCAAUUUAAAUAAAGAAAAGUCCGCUUUACAACAGAUGAAGAAUCAGAUGGCCUUAGAUUUGGAACAACUUCUAAAUCAUCGUGAGGAAUUGGCAGCAAUGAAACAGAUUCUCACAAAUAUGCGUAGUAAGCGGAAGGAGAACAAGUUACUUUUUACUAAAAUGGAAUCCAAAAAUGUGACAGAAAAUCAGAAAUCAAAGACUUCGAAUGUGCCUAGAGAACAUGAAGACAAUGUAUUUAUACCCAAACCAACAGUCUUUACCAAAAAAGAAGCUCCUGAGUGGUCUAAGACACAAAAGAUGAAGACCUAGUGUUUUGGACAGAUUUGCUGUAUCUUUAUUCAUUCCUGAAGUUCUUUUUCUGAUGAACAGAAAGUUUAUCUUAAUCAUGUCCUUGGCAAUUUUUGAAUAGCUAACUUAAAAUUUUAUUUUACCUGAAUGUUAAAUUGACAAAUUUUAUCAUCAUAAUAAAAAUAUAUUUGGUUUUAUCUAUUUUGUUAUAAAAUUGUAUACUCUGUGAUUUACAUUUUGGAGCUUUCAUAAUUCUCCAAGGCAUUUUAAAUGUGUGGCUUAUAUUUUGGUUAGUUGUUAUUAUUGGUAUUUCUCUAACUGUAUAAAUUUUGACUUUAAAUGUCAUAACACAAAUACCAAGACACCUUUCAGUUUUUAAAGUAAUAAUCAUUUGUGAAGUCUACGAGAAAGCACUUCCAGUGCCCAGUAAUGGUGGUCAGAUAUCAUGUAAAUGGAUAUAAAUUGCUGAUUCUUUCUUCAGGCUCUGUUUUUUCUUAUAUUUCAUAUUUUAAUUAAUCAAUAAAAUCUGGUACAAAGUCUGUUAUUCCGUUGGUCAAGUA